CCAGUGAAGUUUCACGAAAUUUGUUCAUUCCGACUGAAAUGUCACUUCAUUCAUCAUUUUUUCCAUCUUAUUAAAUUCAACGUGCACAAAAAGCUACUACAGUAAACAUGCCAGCCGACCAUCUGAAAGAGGAACGUACUAUAGUGGUGAAGCCUGAGAACCUUUUCCUGAACGAUAAAGUGUUCUAUAAGGUUCGAAGAACCUUGUUGGAAAAAGGUAUUGCUCCCGCAAAAUUCAUAGAAGAUCAAAAACCUUCAGAGGAAAUGGACAGUGUUUUCUUUCUGACUGACAGAUUUGAGAUUUUGGUAGAUGCCAGAGGGUAUAAACCGGAAGAACUAAGGUGCGUGAUAACUGCCAACAACGUCAAUGUGAUGGCACAAAAGAAGGAAUGCGUGAAUGACACGGAAAAGAACGUUAGCAUGUCGAGAAACUAUCAGCUUCCGCAAGAUAUCGUUCCAGAAAAUGGCAAUUGUUGCCUGUCCUCCGAUGGAAUACUUCUGAUAACUGCGCCAUGGAGAUUAUAACCCAGCACAAUAUAAAAUUACUCAUGAAAAAAGAAUUGAAGACCAAUAAAAUUUGAUCAACUUUU